CUCCUCCUCCAUCUCGUCCAGCACUCGGCCUCCAGCAGGCCUGCGGAUAUCGCGAGAGCGGCGCCGGUGUGUGACUGGCUGUCGGGGCGGCAGCAGCAGCAGCAGCAGCAGCGGGCUGAGGGAGACGGAGAAGGAGGAACGCGGGCAGGCUGCAUCAUGGCGGACAGAGACAGCGGCAGUGAGCUCGGAGGAUUCGCCACAGGCCCCGGCGGUGGCGGUGGCGGUGGCGGCGGCGGCGGAGGCGGCGGGGGAGGCGGAGGCAGCAGCGGCGGAGGCGGCGGCGGAGGGGGCCCCGGAGGAGGCGGCGUCGGCGGCGGCCUCGGCCUCGCGCACCCGGGCGCCGUGGGAGCAGCGUCGCGCCUGCAGCACGACACCGAGGAGCUGGCGUCGAAGCGCGUCGACAUCCAGAACAAGCGCUUCUACCUGGACGUGAAGCAGAACGCGAAAGGCCGCUUCCUGAAGAUCGCCGAGGUCGGCGCCGGCGGCAACAAGAGUCGCCUCACGCUCUCCAUGUCCGUGGCCGUGGAGUUUCGGGACUACCUGGGCGACUUCAUCGAGCACUACGCGCAGCUGGGGCCCAGCCACCCGGACGCGGCGCAGGACGAGCCGCGGCGCGCGCUCAAGAGCGAGUUCUUGGUGCGUGAGAACCGCAAGUACUACAUGGACCUGAAGGAGAACCAGAGGGGCCGCUUUCUGAGGGUCCGACAGACCGUGAACCGGGGGCCCGGCCUGGGCACGGCGCAGGGCCAGACUAUCGCGCUGCCGGCGCAGGGGCUUAUCGAGUUCCGCGACGCGCUCGCCAAACUCAUCGACGACUACGGCGUGGACGAGGAGCCCGCCGAGCUGCCCGAGGGCACGUCGCUCGCCGUGGACAACAAGCGCUUCUUUUUCGACGUGGGCGCCAACAAGUACGGCGUGUUUAUGCGCGUGAGCGAGGUGAAGCCCGCCUACCGCAACUCCAUCACGGUGCCGUGCAAAGUGUGGUCCAAGUUCGGCGCCACCUUCUGUAAGUACGCGGACGAGAUGAAGAGGAUCCAGGAGCGGAGCAGGGAGCGGAGGGCGCGCGAGCUCCUGCCUGAGGGCCUGCACGGGGACGACGGGGACGAGGAUUAACCGGGGCACGAGGAGGAGAAGGACGAGGAGGGGGGCGUGUGUAUGUGUGUGAUGCUUAUCUGCGAGGACGGAGACGUUCAAAAGACAGAAAACACGUAAUGAAAGAACGAAUGACAAUGUAAACAAAACAUUGCUGCACAAGAAAGGCAUGAGGCGGAUUUUGAACCUUCACGGAGGCGUUGGGUUUUUUCCCCACCUGUAUUCCGACGAACGCCUCCUGCGCAACGAGUGGUCAGUUAUGUUCAGGCCCCUGUGCUGGAAUUGGCCCGAGGCAGCGCUCUUCCUGGUCUACCAGUGGUUAGUAGGACCCUCUUGCGUUGGGAUUGGUUGGUAGGAUCAUUCUCUCGCUGGGAUUGGCUGCUUGUGUCUUGCCUCGUGUGCUACGAUUGGCUAGUAGUGUCCUGCUCGCUGUGCUAGGAUUAGCCUGGAUCUCGUGUCCUGCGCCGUGAUUGGCUUAUAGUUCAUGCUUACAAGCAGUCCACCGAAAGUGUGAAGUACUGGUCCGUUUUAGCGCAGGCGGCGGGGUUUGCCGGAAUACGGGUAGGGAAAAAAUAACACGGACUGCAUCUGUUGCCCCAUGGCCUGGAUUUAAACCCACUUCCUCACCACAGAACAAUAAGCCGCUGCUAUUGGUACCACAAUGAUGGUCCACAUGUCCAUAGUUGGAGGGUCCUUCCCCAUGCCCCACCCCCCUCCCCCCCAUUCGCUCUGUACACGUCCAAGCUAUUGCAGCACGGUUCCAAAGUGUCAAUUGGAAAAAUAAUGUGCUUAGUGCUACCGUUUGACUUCCAGCACAAAAAGCUACUGUAUGUAGGAAUCAUCUGAACCAAAAUUGUAAUUAAAACAAAUCUAGAUUGGGAGGUACGAGUAGGAUUAAGCACUGCUUGCACUGGCGUGCACCACAGCAGAAGACUGCGCACGGACAGUGAGCCCCUCUGCCCGAGCAAGUGAAGGGCGACUGAGGAAAACUGAAAGUGUGCUCACUCUUUUGCCCUUUUUUCAAACCUAGAGAGAGAAAAAAAGCAAAUGGGACGGUUUCCAUGAGCUGUUCCACUAAGCAUAAUGCAGAGAGGCUUUGCUCUUAUGACCGCUAAACGUUUAUUUCUAUUAAAUAUAUCAACCCUAUUGCACCAUGCACAGCAAAAUCCCCAGGAAUGAACCCUACAGUGGUGAUCCAACACCUGCAGUGUCCACUCGAGUCCAGCUGGACACACGUGGGCACUGUAAGAGUCCAUUCAGCAACCGGGGCCUUUGCUGUGCGCCCACUGGCGUUUGGGCAUGUUUCAUUCAAGUGCUAACUUAGAACUACAAAUUUAUGAUUUUGUGAAUCAGAUGUAUUUAGAUUCUUAUAUAAAAAAUGCCCACGUUUUCUGUGGGGACUUUGUUUUGUUUGUUUGUUUGUUUGUUUUGUUUUGUUUUUUCCUUUUUUUGGGAGGGGGGAGGGGGGAGGGAAAAAACAGGAGCUGUCCACACAUGGCGCGAGAAGGCGUUGCGUAAAGACGCAUGGGAACGUGCGGAGCGUCCUCUACAAACGUCCAAACCGACCUGGUGCCUUAAAGCCGCCACACGUUUACAUGCUGUCUGCGUCCAGAAGCUCUGCACCGCUGUUUGUCUUUUUCUUCGUUGGCGUGGUCGCUGUUGCCACCUUGGGGUGCUUCUUCUGGACUUUCCAACAAAGCCAAAACUCCAAAAAGAAAAAAAGAGGCUCACGGGUUUUUCUCUGCUCUGCAUUACCUGGGACACAGCAGACGACAACGACAAUGAUGAAUAUGAGGAUAAUGAUGAUGAUACUGAUGAUGAUGACGACAGUGAAGAGGACUGGAGGAUCAAACAGCCUUUAUGUAAACAUGGAUGUAGUCACCCAGAAGCUGUGGACGUCUGCUCCGUGUGCUCCGUGUUAAAAAAAAUUAUAUAUAGAUGAGAAAAAAUGGACUUGGAAAGAUGCUAUCGCUCUAGCCCCUGUGCUUUGCUCUCUAGGCCUGUGUGAGUAGACGUAGGGCCGAGGCGGUAGCCUGUGUGGCCUUGUAUGGUGCUAAUAAACCCCACUUGUGGGGGCUUUGUCCGUCUGGCUUAUCUGUUGUUGCACCAGUUUUGUCCUCUUUCCCUCUCUCUGUUUUACUUUAACUGCAGUGUUAUCAUUGAAUUGCAGUACCGGGUGCAAUACAGGUGGCGUCCCGUCCAGCCUCGUCGUUCGCCGCACACGAGGCCCUCUCCUCUCCUCUGUUUGAGGUUUGCAAAAAUGUGUCCAUAUGUUUCCAUGCUGAGGGUCUAGGUCGAAGGUGCUUGACAUGCACCUGUGUUGUGUAUGUGGGUAUACAGUUUUUAGAGGGGGCACUCUGGCCAGAAUGAACACUCAUCAUCUCUUACAGCAGUAUUACAUUAAAGGAAGAUUUCCUGGUUUAAAGACUAGCAAAACCCCACCUCUGAUGAUGCAUCUUGAAGGUGGAAGUAUAUUUUGAGACUACAAGUACUUGGGCUGUAGGAGUUCUUUUUUACUAGCUAGCUGAAUCAUUCUUUUAAAAGUAGUUUGAUGACCAGACAAGGAUAGCGCUAUAUUAUUAACACUGGCUGGCUUCACAGACAUAUUUAUUAGCCUCUAACUACGUGGCCAUCCUUCAGGAUUUUUUGAGCAGUGUAGGGAUAGACGAAAACAAAAAACGAUAAAAAAAAAAAAAAAAAUUCUGUUAAACCAAUAAGACUGAGGGACACAGAGCUGCACUACAGAUUACUACAUAACA